AUGACCCGCUUCCGACCCUGCAUCGACCUCCACGCCGGCCAGGUCAAACAGAUUGUCGGCGGGACACUGAGCACACAAGAGUCCGAGCUGAAGACAAACUACAUCUCGCAGCAUCCGGCGGAGUACUUUGCACAUCUAUAUCGCGAUGCGAGUCUCUUGGGCGCCCAUGUCAUCAUGCUUGGACCGGGGAACGAACAGGCUGCGAAGGAAGCUCUAGCCACCUGGCCCGGGCGUCUCCAGGUUGGUGGUGGCAUCACGGACGCCAAUGCAAAGGAAUGGAUUGAAGCAGGCGCCGAAAAGGUCAUUAUCACUUCGUUCCUAUUCCCCCACGGCCGCUUUUCUCCGGAGCGGUUGAAAUCCGUGCUCGCAGCUCUGGCGGACGACAGGGACAAGCUCGUCAUCGACCUCAGCUGCAGGAGGAGCGGCGAUACAUGGUUCGUGGCCAUGAACAAGUGGCAGACUAUCACCGAGAUGGAAAUCACCCAAGAGAGCAUCAAGAUGCUCGAACCCUAUUGUUCGGAAUUCCUCAUCCACGCAGCCGACAACGAAGGCCUCCAGCUAGGCAUCGACACAGAGCUCGUCAAGAGGUUGUCUGACUGGUGCACCAUCCCGGUAACGUAUGCUGGGGGCGCACGCUCUGUGGGAGAUCUUGACCUUGUGAAGCAGUGCAGCCAAGGCAAGGUCGACCUGACCAUCGGCAGUGCUUUGGAUAUUUUUGGCGGCAGCGGAGCCCGAUUUGAAGACUGUAUCAGAUGGAAUGCAGAGAAUGCAUAA